GAGCUGAAAUCAAGAGUCAGAUGUUUGAGCCACCCACGUGCCCCAGCUAUACCUUGAUUUAAAAAACAAACCAAAAAAAAAGGUCACAAAGGUCCCUGACAACUUUGUGUUACAACUUACAAAUGCCAACGGUGCAAAAUCAAAAAUGUAAUAGGGUGUUAAAUGUCCAGUGAAUUAGGACCAGUCAGCAUUCAGCUGGAGGAAACCAUUCCUGCUAAUUCAAGCAGAAAGGAAUUCACUACAGGGAAUUAGGCGCUCACGCAAUUGUUAGGAAGGCUGAAGAAGCUCUCGGCAGGGUCUGGAAACGACUCAGUUGAGAACACCACAGUGCUGUCCCUCCAGGUCAGUUCCUACCUCUGCUGCCGUCAGAAGUGCGGGAAUCAGAAAGGGCUGCCCCACCGCUGGCUUUAAGAACACACUGCUGUAGAUGAGUCAGGGGUCAGGAAGCCACCCUUGGCUCUUCCACAGCGGCCCCUCCAUGCCCACAAAGCUGCUGUUCCUUCUGACCGUCUCCAUCUUCCUGGGGCUGGGCCAGCCCAGGAACCCCAAAGGCAAGAGGAAGGGGCCAGGGCGGCCUGGAACGCUGGCUUCUGGGCCUCACCAGGUGCCGCUGGACCUGGUGUCACAGGCGAAGCCGUACGCCCGCAUGGAGGAAUACGAGAGGAACCUCGGGGAGAUGGUAGCCCAGCUGAGGAACAGCUCUGAGCCGGCCAGGAGGAAGUGUGAGGUCAACCUGCAGCUGUGGCUGUCCAACAAGAGGAGUCUGUCGCCCUGGGGCUACAGCAUCAACCACGACCCCAGCCGCAUCCCCGCGGACCUACCGGAGGCGCGGUGCCUGUGUCUGGGCUGCGUGAACCCCUUCACCAUGCAGGAGGACCGCAGCAUGGUGAGCGUGCCUGUGUUCAGCCAGGUGCCCGUGCGCCGCCGCCUCUGCCCGCUGCCACCACGCACGGGGCCCUGCCGCCAGCGUGCGGUCAUGGAGACCAUUGCGGUGGGCUGCACCUGCAUCUUCUGAAUCAGAGCCUGCGUGGGGGGGGGGCGGGGGGCGCGGAGACCACCCUCCCUGCGCCCCCGCGCCAAGCCAGGCCAAUGAAAAGUAAACGCUGUCUUUUGUAAAGCGAGACUUUGGGUUCGCUCCUUGGGGCUCAGAAGCCGAAACCAGGGUGGGGGAUGGGAGGCUGUUGGGAUGUAGAUUUCAGAUCAAUAAAAAGGGAUACUCCAUCGCUCA